AUGCCACCAACUCCAAAUAACAUGUUCAGCGAAGUAAUGUCAAUGGAUUCAUUAAUGGCUGAGCCAGAAGUCGAUGAAGCCACGGAACAGCUCGCUAAUGGAUUAAAAAAUGUUGACAUAAAUACAGAAGCGUAAGUAUUUUAUAUUUGUUAUGAUUUUAGGCUUGUGAAGGGAAGAAUAAUUUUUCGGGACAUAAACGUUGAUUUUUAUGUUGAGGAUGCUUAUGGUAGUCCUCGAAGCAUAUGUUUCAUGAAGUUGCUUGGUCUUUAGUGAAAAAGCUUUUGUUAUAAUUAACAAAGAAGUUUUUUUUGCAUUAUGUAGCUUAUAAAGUGAGUCUGUUGUAUGACAAUGGGCUACACAGUGAAGUGUUCAACUUUAAAGCUAAGAUAACAUGAUUUUUAAUCGGUUAUUAUAUAUAUAUAUUCCAGACCCAAGAAGUAUAAAGACGAAGAACUCGAAAAGCAUAAGAAGAACAGACGCUUCAAGCAGAGUCGUCACGCUGAUAAGGUCCUCCCGCCCAAAAAAGGCACAGAUAUCUUCAUAGAACGUGGUGAACAUUACGAUGAACAUGUAGCCGAACAACGUGCCAACAUUUGCAUUCAAUCACAAAAUAUGGCAGCUUAUGAGUUUGAUUACAUGUCUGUUCCCUUCUCCACGACCACAACAAAGGCAUUGGAUCGCAUGAACUUCCAAGAACCAACUCCAGUUCAACAGGUCGCGGUACCCUUUAUAACCCACUUUAAAACCUCGGACUUUGUGAUCAGAGCUCCAAUGGGAUAUGGCAAAACUUUUGCUUUCUUGAUUCCGAUCGUGGAGGAGGUGUGGAGACAAAAACAGGCGAUUGAGAACACAACAAAGAGAUAUACGACCAAUUCUACUGAUCCAUAUGCUGUUAUUGUUGCUCCAACAAGGGAGUUGGCUACACAGUUGUUCAGGGAUUGUAAAACAUUUUGUGAACGUGAGUUUUGGCUAAAUUGUAGUAAUGUAGGAGGUUGAAAAACCACUGAAAAAGUAUAUGAAGAAGCUCAAACGGAAGGAAAAACCGUUUUAUCACGUUUUUUGUAACUUUUUUACGUUUUCAAGUCAAUAUCUAACACAAUAUCAACCCAAAGACGUUCAAAAAUAACCUUCAACACAAUAUAAUAUUACCCUUCAAUUUCAGAGCACAAUGGUUGUGUAAGAGUCGCUGUAUCCGUGGGAAAACAACUGAUGAAAGCGACCUCUGUCAGUAUUUCUGAAGGUGCAGAUAUUCUGUUCGUUACUCACGGCCGAUUGAUUCAUCAUUUCAUGAAUAACCAAGACAGUGUGAUCAAACUUGGCUAUUCCAACCUUAAGUUCAUCGUUCUGGACGAGGCCGACACAUUUUGUCACGGCCGAAGAGAGUCGGAUAAAGAAAAUCGUCUUGAAAUGCGUGCGUUCUUCAAGAAUAUGGUAAGUUUUUGAUGUGUAAUAUCAGGUUUGAUGGGCUUGGAGGCUUUUUUGAGCUUCUAAAGUUAUUGUAAAUUGAUUGUGGUUAAUAUUAUUUAAUACGUUUAGCUUUUAUAGAUAUUACUGAUUUAAUGUAUAUUGUUGUAGAUUGAGGAUAGAAAUCGAAAAGGGUUAAGCUCAUCUGAAGUUCAGUCUAUUUUGAUUGGAUCCAAUAUUGACAUCUACGACUAUUAUAAGAUCAGUGAUUUUGUUCGAAAAGAUUACAUUGGUAUUCAAGUUGGAGCUAGUAGUCUGCCAAAGCUUUCCCUUGUUCAUAAAGUCAUCUUUGUGGUAAGGACUUUUGAAAUAUGGCUCUAAAACAGCAAAAUAUGAACGGUUAUUCAAUGAUGUGACAUAAUAUUGAUUCUUUGAAUCAAUUCUAAUAUCCAACAUCAUAUUACACAUGCAUUUUCAGGAAGACUCACUGCGCAAAAUCGACAUUCUGGGCGACAUGUUGAUCACUAUGAAAGAAAAAACCCUGAUAUUUUCGAACGAAAAGCUGGAAACGGAACGUGUUGCAUUCCGUCUCAAUCGCCUGGGAGUAUCGACCAUAGCCCUGUCAUCAAACAUGACACAAGCCAUGCGAGCCGCCGCCAUCAAGAAAUUUGACUGCGGUGAUCGCCAAGUCUUGGUCGCAUCAGAUGUGGGCUCAUUGGGAUUGAACUAUCCGAAGCUGGAGCUGGUCAUUAACUUGAACAUUCCCGAAUGCAAUUCUCAGUAAGUUAUGAGGGGUUUUGAGGUGUUUUUGAAUUUUUUAGUUUUUGGAAAAAAAUUUACAGGGGGGACCAAGUUGAAAAUUUUGGGAAAAUGAAAAAUUUUGAAAAAAAAAGAUUUUAAGAUGGUUCAUAUAGUAUAUAGGACGUGUGACUAAAAAAUCAAAAAUUGUCAUUAUAGCUGUAAAAUUUGGCUGCAAAAUUUUUGUGUUUUCAGAGUUUCCCUAUACAACAGAUUGGGUAGAGUUGGCCGUUUUGGAAACAAUGGUAAAGUGUACCACAUGUAUUGUCCAUACGAGGAUUAUAAGAAGCGUGAUGUUCUUCGAAAUGUAAGUUCAUUGAAAAUGUUUUUUGGUUUAAUUUUAUGUAUUAAUAUGAGGUUUUUUGAUGAUUUUCGGAAUUUUAAGCUGGUUUUUUUGCUUUUUUGUUAUUUUUUGGCUAUUUAGGCUGCUUUUUUUUGCAUUUUUAGGCUGAUGUUUUACCUAAAGCUCCGAAAAUGAGUGGUUUUUCAUAUCUUCGAAAUUUUUUGUUACCUAAAAUUUUUUUUUCAGAUUUUGAUUGAUCAAAACGCCCAUGUACCUGAAUAUCUGUUGAAAACAGCUGAAAACAAUAAUCACCAAUGA